AUGGAUCACGAUGAAUACGCCGACGAGGCUAUCUUUGAUGACCUCUAUGACGAAGAGCCUCAAAAUGCUACAACAACAUCGAAGCCAGCUGCUGCUGCUACGGCGACUGUAGUAGCACCGGCGGCCGCUCCAAUUUCGACUUCACAACCCGACCAGAAGAAAUCAGCACCGGUUGCUGUCCAAUCGGUAGACACGUACAAUGAGCAUAACCUUGAUGAGUAUACUCCUGCCGACCCUCAGCAAUCGGGCCAAGGCGGGAACGUGGACUAUUCGGGAUAUGGAAAUAUGAAUCAGGACUACAACGGCUAUAAUCAAUCCCAAGGUUACGGAAAUGAUGGAAAUGGCUGGAAUGAAGAUCAACACGGCAUGAAUUCAAAUGGGCAGGGCCCGUACGGGGACGGAUCAAAUAUGGGUGGUAUGCAUAACCAGGGGCCCUCUGCCGAUGGAGGUAGCACCGCCAUCAAGGAAGACGGGAAAAUGUUUAUUGGAGGUUUGAAUUGGGAAACUACCGAUGAAUCCCUACGCGACUACUUCAGCCAGUUUGGAGAGGUCAGCGAGUGCACCGUUAUGAGAGAUGGACCCAGCGGACGGUCGCGUGGAUUCGGAUUCCUCACUUUCAAAGACCCUAAGACGGUCAACAUCGUCAUGGUUAAGGAGCACUACCUUGAUGGAAAGAUAAUUGAUCCAAAGCGGGCUAUCCCGAGAGACGAACAAGAAAGGACUAGCAAGAUCUUUGUUGGCGGGGUCUCUCAAGAGGCAUCAGAAGAGGAAUUUAAGAAUUUCUUCAUGCAAUUUGGAAGAGUCAUAGACUCUACAUUGAUGAUUGACAAGGAAACUGGACGACCCCGUGGAUUUGGAUUCGUUACUUUUGACAACGAGGCCGCCGUUGAUCUGGCACUUCAACAUCCAGACUUGCGAAUUCGUGAUAAGCCAAUUGAAGUCAAGAAGGCCCAGCCUCGAGGUAAUGCUAGAGAACGCAACUUUGAGGAAGACAGUGGUAAUAACCGCCACCAUAACAACAAUAACAAUAACAACUUCCGUGAUCGCGGACACAAUAACAAUCGGUUCGGUCAAAACCGCGAUCACAACCAAGGCGGUAAUUCUCAGGACCACUCAAACUUCAACCCCCAGAAUACCCCUCAAAACAUGCAAAAUGCCAUGAACCCUGCUGGUGGAAACCCGGCAGCCGGUUACACAAACGGCAUGACACCUGCUAUGCUUGCUCAAUACUGGCAGAGAAUGCAACAGUACAUGAUGGUUAUGAUGCAACAACAAGCUCAGAUGCAGAUGCGUGGCGGUAAUGCAGGUGGACAGCAGCCCAACAUGAUGCAGCAGCCCAACAUGGCAAACUUUAACCCGCAAAUGAUGGCUCAGAUGCAACAGAUGCAACAGAUGCAGGGUAUGCCUGGCGGUAUGAAUCCUAUGGGUAUGAACGGCAUGCCACCGCAGAUGGGCGGUGGCAACCAAGGACAAAAUCCAGGUUUUCCCAGCAUGAACCAGCAGGGUGGUUAUCAACCUAAGAGCCCCAAUAUGUCGAUGCAACAGCCAUAUAACGGCGGUGAUGGAUCAAUCCAAGGCGGACAACAGGAGAAGUCGCCAGAUCCGAGCCAGCAGCAGAUGGGACAAGGCGGUAUGUGGAACAAUGGCAUGUACGAGGACCCUAAUGGCAGUGGUGAUGGACAAGGAAACCGUGGAAUGCACGGUGGUGGAUUCAAGGGUCAGAACUUCAAUGCGCCCACUGGGCCUAAGUCUGGAGCUGCAGGACCUCCCCCUAAUGCGCCGACGGGACCUCGAAAUGCUCGUAACCCACCAUCUGGUCCCGCAGCUGGUGGUGGUGGCAGUGGUGGCGGCGGCGGAACUGGACCUUUCAGGAACAGCAGCAGAAGGGGCGGAUAUAGCGGGGGCUUCCACCCUUAUCAGAGGAACUAA